ACGGGAAUCGACGAGAAAUCAGAAAUUCACGUUUACGUUUUAUAUGUGUACUCAUGUAUUACGUAAAUAUUAAUAAUAUUGACUAAUUCGUUGCACUGUGUGUAAUUUUGUGGAGCUUUAUAUUCUAUAAGCGUCAGAAAGAGCUCUUAUUUGUUUGUGAAGUUUCAUCGUGAUGGACCAAGAAAGGCCUGAAACCAGUAGAAAUGGAAAGAGGACACGACCUUUGCUUUCAGAGCCGAGUGAGAAGAUAUCUAGGAUGUGUUCGUACUUAGACUACGCUUCCCGUGUAUCAAAACCUAGUGGUGUAUUAAAGAAUUCAAAAAAGGUGGCGCCUUGUUCUGCAAAACGGCCUAAGUUACCUUAUAAUGAAAGUGAUGUUCCUCCUGCGGGUACACUUGUUCCUGACAAGCACGUUAGGAAAGCCGGCCCAUAUUUAUUGGGACCUAAAUUAGGUCCUAGUCCUGUCAAAAGUAUUGUUCAAUGCCUAGCUAGGAAGGCAAAGACUGAUGAGUUUUACCAGGUAAAAAUAUUGACAUUAAGAAAUGACGAUCAACCAGAGACACAGGAUGAUAGACAGGGAAAAAUGCUCCUGCAUACAGAGUAUUCAUUAUUGUCACUAUUGAAAGACCAGGAAGGUGUUAUACAUCAUCAUGGCUUAUUUAAGGAAUAUGCACUAGAAGAAGUUCCAAAUCCGAAUGGUCCAGGUUUCAUAUACACCGGAAAAGUCAGACAGAGGCUAUUCUUAGUUUUGGACUGCGUAACACCUCACCAGUUCAGUGAGAAAGGUAGCGAACUGAUAAACUUACAGCAAUAUGUUACUAAAGUUAGAAAAGUCCCCGAAAAAGAAGCAGUUCUGAUAUUCUACGAUAUUGUUAGAGUUGUUGCCAACCUUCAUAAGAGAAACAUUGUCCACCGAGAUUUAAAACUCGGCAACAUAGUGUUAAAUCAAAGGACUGGACGGAUAAUAAUAACAAACUUCUGUUUAGGAACUCAUCUCGGUAGUGACAGAGAUCUGUUGAAAGAUCAGAGAGGUUCGCCAGCUUAUAUAUCACCUGACGUUCUAAUGUGCAAGCCGUAUCUGGGCAAACCGUCGGACAUGUGGGCACUGGGCGUCGUGCUCUACACUAUGUUGUACGGACAGUUUCCUUUCUGCGACACGAGCCUAGCUCAAUUAUUCAGUAGGAUACAGGCCGCCAACUAUAAUAUACCGCCAAAUGGCAAUUCGGUACAAGUAUCACACAACACUGUAUUUUUAAUACAGAGGCUCCUAGUGAAAGAUCCUAAGCACAGAAUGGUUGCAGACGAAGUCCUCGAUCAGCUGUCGAGCAUCAUAGCGAGUUACGUUACGAUCUCCAACCCGCCCGAGGAUCUGCAAGUGGUGCCGGAUAUUCCACUAGACGAGGAGACUAAAGAAAAAAGUAGUCAGUCGAUCGAACUAGAGAAGAAACCAUUCCUGACUGUACCGGAAAAAGGCGGCGAACGGACGCCCACUUCUGGUGACGAACUCGGCGUGUAUUGCGUCCCGCUGCCGGACUUCCUGGCCUUGAAUUUCCCGUCGCCGACGCGCGUUCAGCAGAACAGUAUCCUCAUACAUCCCACGGUCGAGGCGCCGCAACAGAGGCAGAUAACGGUCCAGAGGAUAGGCAGGGACGCCAGGCCGCUCCUGCCCUGCGAGAUAGCCCGGUACCAGCACAUGUUCGCUCCGAACCAGAGGAGGGAGACCCCCGCCCCGGAGUCCAGGCCGGACAACCCGAGGCCUCCGACGGCGGAAAAUUCCAGACUGAGGCACUUAGCUCAGCGGAUCCCCCGGCUCAACGCGGCCUCGCACUCCGCCGACCUCCGGGUCGUGCCGUGGUCCGACGCUUCGAGAAACAGGAGCUGGGAUCCGGAUUACUUCCCGCGCUCGCACGUUCCAGAACAUUCUAGAGUCCAAGCGAACGAAACCGGUAGCGUCUCUAGACAAGAAGAUGAAUAUUAAUUUGAGCGUUGCGUAUUUCCGUGUCGUUUUGCUGCCAGAUUAGAUUUUUUUUUUAUGAUGACCUCUUUUUGGCGGGAACGCGAGGAGUGAAGUUGUGUGAUUUGUUUUAUUUUGUCUAUUUAG